UUUUCUCCGUAAUAUACCUAAGCGCUUAUGUCUGUGUAAUUCAAUAUUUCAAUCCGUGUGUGCGCUCUGUGAAAUGCUCAUGUCUUGGGUAAACUAUCCUACGACCAAACUUCCUUCACGUGUCUUCUGCCAUAGCAACAAAGAUGCCCAUUUCCUCCCCAACCACAUAGGAAUACACAGAAACCCUCCUAACUUGUUUCCUAGGAACUGCCUGAAUUUCUCAACUGACCCAAUUGUCUCUCUUCCAACCAAUCUUGCCUCAGUAAUGGAUGAACCCAAGAAUUUGAGGAUUGGGUCUGUCACUGCUGACCCAAAUGACAAGUAUUCCAGAGAGCUGGGAGUUGCAGUCAGAGCUGUGCACAUGGCAUGCUUGCUCUGCCAGAAUGUCCAAGAGAAUUUGAUUUCUCAAGGCUCUCAGCAAGUCCACUCCAAGGAUGACAAUUCUCCUGUUACAAUUGCAGAUUGGAGUGUUCAGGCAACUGUGAGUUGGGUACUUUCUGAGGCCUUUGGUAGUGAGAAUGUAUCUAUUGUUGCUGAGGAAGAUGUUGAAGAGCUCUCCAAGGCUGGGGCAACUGGGCUACUAGACGGCGUGGUGAAAACAGUGAACGAGUGCCUGGCUGAUGCACCGCGUUUUGGACUGACAGCACCAGCUUUGGCUCUAAGUGCUGAAGAGGUUCUGGAAGCCAUUAACAGGUGCAACCCCUCGGGGGCGAAGAGCAGCAGAUUUUGGGUGUUGGAUCCUGUGGAUGGCACGUUGGGGUUCGUACGUGGAGAUCAAUAUGCCAUUGCUUUGGCGUUGAUAGAAGAUGGAGUGCCAGUUCUUGGAGUUCUUGGCUGUCCAAAUUACCCAAUGAAGAAGGAAUGGCUUCAGUAUCAUAACGGAUACCAGAGAAUUCUGUCCAGGUUGAGUUCACCAACAUCUGAAUCUUGGGAUAAAGGAUGUGUGAUUUAUGCGAGAAGAGGCAGUGGCAACGCCUGGAUGCAACCUCUCCUUCGCGGUGAAAAGAAGUUUAUUUGGCCAAACUCCGCUGCACAGAUUGAAGUAUCCUCCAUUGAUAACCCUGCAUUGGCUACUUUCUGUGAGCCAGUUGAAAAGGCGAAUUCUAGCCAUUCUUUCACAGCAGGGCUUGCUCACAGUGUUGGACUUAGGAACCAACCACUACGCGUGUACAGCAUGGUAAAGUAUGCAGCCAUAGCCCGAGGAGAUGCUGAAGUAUUCAUGAAAUUUGCCAGGGCGGGUUACAAAGAGAAGAUAUGGGAUCAUGCAGCCGGAGUUGUUAUCAUUGAGGAAGCUGGAGGCAUGGUCACUGAUGCCAGAGGAAAUCCACUGAACUUUUCAGAAGGCAUAUACUUGGAAGGCCUUGAUCGAGGAAUCAUCGCUUGCUCUAAGGCUACGCUGCACCAAAAGAUCAUCAGUGCCGUUGAUGCUAGCUGGAAUUCCUCUUGCCUGUGAUUUAAAUUCUGCACGGUGAGUUCCGAGUUCUCCAUUGCAACUCUGUUUCUUUAACAUCAGACAAGUACUGCUGUCAGCUUAACAUGAUUCAUUGAGUAGAAUGGUAGCAUUCAUUAUUUGUUUUUUGGAACCUGAAUUAGUUUGAUGCAUAGCAUAUAGAAGCAGGAUUAUGAUGAGGUCGAGAAAGAGAUGUAUAAAACACAAAUCAGUUGAAUGAACAUAUCCACAAAUACAGCAAGUAUAAUUGCUGUUUUGUUCUUUAAA